AUGGGUGAUCGCCAGGCAUCAUCUCGGACCUGCAACUCGUGUAAUCGAACUUUCUCGAAACCUGAGCAUCUGCGUCGCCACGCGAGAUCUCACACCGGCGAGCGCCCUUUUCACUGCCUCAUAUGCGGCAGAAAAUAUGCGAGACGAGAUGUUUUGAGUCGCCACAUCCGAGGGCAUCAGCGGGAUGAACUGGAAAAAGGCGUAGCCAAUACCGACCCUCGCUACAUCAGCUCGUAUGCAGCAACAGAAGACGCAGCGGGGGAGCCAAACAGUCCUUCCUCGUUCAGCCGCAAGGGCUUGCAGGAGCUGGACGGCAUCAACACAUCCACGUUGCCCGAUCUUCCACUACUAUCGGACUCCCUCGAUCUGCUAGCCCAGGUGACGAGCUUGGACCUUGACAUGCUAGAAGAGUCAAUCUUCUCACACGACCCUAUCUUCCACCAGACACCCAGUGGGCAGAGCACGGGCGGUAUUUCGGACAAGCAAUUCGAACGUAUCGAGAAACUGUGGCCAACUAGUAGAAAGACCAGGGCGAGGUCACCAUCUUUAGUUUGUUGGGAUGAAGUUGUACUGCAUCCAGCUGACAAUCUCUUCUCGACCAACCCGACUGAAAAUGUCGGAACAGAUGGGUCGCUAUCAGAGGAACUUGAUUCAGCGUGGCAUUUUACACAUGGAUGCCGAAGCCGACUAGCACAGCACUGUCAGCGUUGCAUCAAGGAGUGCAAUGUGCGCGAUUCAUCUGUCGCAAGAGGAUCAACGUCCGACACACAGGGACUCAGCACUGGGCUGUCGGAUCCCGACCAGAUCCCCUCUGCUGACAUACUCGAUCUAUGCCUGGAUCUAUAUUUUUAUCAUUUCCACCACACGUACCCCGUUGUUCACCCACCGACCUUCAACGCCUCUCAGACCCCGAGCUCUCUUCUGUUUCCGAUGUGUUUAAUUGGCUUGCUCAUCAUGAAUCGCAAGACAGGCAUUGCAUGGGCCGACAAAUACCUCUUGGCGGCACUUGAAAAUUGCUGUAUCGUUCUUUCAUCGGAUGUCCUUGACCACUGCCCGGCGCCCGAACUAAUGGCCAUUCUGGCGGAAGCGUGCCUACUUUCCAUCGUCGCGUUCAUUGUAGCUGACAUCGUGCCUGACGCACAGAGGUCAAGACUGCAGAGGGAGAUGAUAUCUGUUGCUUCACGGAGAGGUUUAUUUGAAGAAAUAACUUAUAGCCCAGACUGGUCUCGAAGCCUGACAACUGAUGAUUUGACAUGGAAGGCAUGGGCGCGGAUCAACUCAGGAAUGCGAGUCAUCGCAGUAUUGGUUGUAAUCGAUGCCCAGUCUGCACAAAGCCUGCAGUCAUUACCGCAGUCACUGCCCUUUGCAUCACGGAUUCCUAUAAUCUGUGACGACGAGGCAUUCAAUAUGUCUGGCUCCGAGGAAUGGAGCAUUUCUCCCGAGAGACCUGCUUAUUCUCUACCGCUGGUGAACCAGAAUCGCAGACCAUCUGCAUUUGGACUGCAGGCUGUACUGGCGAGAAUCUGGGUCCAGAUAUUAAGUGAAAGGCACCGUUUAAUACAGGCCUUGGGGAUCUCAGACAAUCCUUUGAGGCAACCGGUCUCGGGCAAUGAACUGUUCUCAGCCCAUGAGCAGGCCACGUCCAUCGCAAGCAACUUGGUUGAUCUUUACACGCAUCAACGGUCCGAAUUUAUGUCGGGAAACGCAAAUCCCGUUAUCCUAUGGAACUUUUUGGGUCUGCAUUUGACCUCGAACCUAUCGGUCAUUGAAUCGGCGGCCGGACGUGACGGUGCUGCUGCAGCGAGGGAAGCAGCUGGCUAUCUCGCAGCGUGGGCGACAAGUCCCAUCGCACGGCGGGCCUGCCUCCACGCGGCCCAGGUAUUCGUGGCAGCCACCCAUCAAAGCCGUUCCGACGGCACCCCACUACACACCGAGAUGGCGCUCUUUACAGCCGCGUUGGUCUUGGGGAUUUAUCUUGCCUUGGCGCCGGAGCCCAUCGCCGGGAUCGUCAGUAGAGGCAGUCGAGCGUACGAUCUGCUGAAGGAAAUUGAUUGGAGUAAAAUUGGCACGGAAGGACUCUGCACAUCACCGCAGGCAUUGUCUGACUAUGCCCCCUGUGAAUUUAUUCGGAAUGGCGGCCCCGUCUCCUUUCUAGGGACUCGGUUUCGGAGUUCAAGUGGGAUGGCGCGGCGGAUUUUUCUGAACUUCUCGGCCAGAUUGAAGGAACUGGGCGGCUGGAAGGCUAAGGAGUACUGUAAAGUACUGCAAGUUCUCGCUGAUACGAUGUUGGAGGUUUGA